CCUCCACGCCACCGCUGCUCAGUCAGCAGCUCAGCCAGAUGCUGAAGAGUCCCUCGGACACGUGCUCCUCCCUGUUCAGUUCCUCGGGCGGAGGAGGAACUGGGGGCUCCGGAACGGGAAUCCCCGGCGAGGCCAUCGAAGAGGAGACCCGCUGCGUGGUGUGCAAUGCCCACUUUCCGAAUGUCUGGCUGCUGGAGCAGCACGCUGCUCUCCAGCAUCCCCAUGUGGGUCCCGGCGAGGAGAAGCCCUUCAUCUGCGAGCAGUGCGGCCAGUCGUAUCGCUAUCGGAGUGCAUAUGCCAAGCACAAGGAGCAGAACCAUCGGGCCAGACUCCCAGCCGACAAGCUCUUCACCUGCGACGUGUGCGGCAUGCAGUUUCGCUACCUGAAGAGCUUCAAGAAGCACCGCUUGAACCACGCCUUGGAGCGCCUUCACGGCAAGAAGAGUGUGGGCGUCGGAGUGGGCGUGGUCGGUCGUCUGGGAUCGGCCUCCUCCUCGUCGCUCGCCGUUGCGGUGGCAGCUCCCGCCUCGCUUUCUGCUUCCGGAUCGGGAUCGGUUACGUCGGUGGAUCAGGAUGUGGUCACCAGUUCGCAGGAGCCCAUGCUGGCCGACGAGGGCGAGGAUCUGCGGGUGAACGUGAAGCGGGAGGGCGCCGCCGACGAGCAGACGCCCGAGUCCCGGUCAAACGAUUGCGAGGAGCACGAACAGGACAACACCGUCGAUUCGGCGGGCAUCACGAUGCUCUACCAGGACAACAACUCCUCGGCCUCGGCCUCCACCAGCGCCACCGAGCCGAACAUCAGCAGCUCCGACGGCAUUCAUAGUACAAACAAGCGGUCGCGCCUGCACCACUUGGAAACGGAUCCCUCCUACCAACACCACCAGCACCACCAUCAUCACCACCACCAGGCGCAGCACCACCACAAUCCGCAUUCGCAGUCACAGCUGCCGAGCCAUUUGGGCCACGUUUCACUGCCACUGGUUGCCACCUCGGCCGCCGGCUCCUCAUCCUCGGCGGCUGCCGCUGCUGCUGUGGCCGCUGCCACCGCCGCUGCUGCUGCGCAGGCGCAGGCGAACUCCGGCGGAAGCGGAGGUGGCGCCACCGGAAGCGGUGCGGCCGGAAGCGGAAGCGCUGGUGCAGCUGCAGGCGGCUCUGCCUCGGGCGGCGCAAGUGGAGGCAGCGGCGGCGGCGGCGGGGGUGGAGGUAUCAGCUCGCUCAGUUCGCUGACGUCGCUGAUCAACGCCGAGCGCAUUCCGAACGAACAGUUCCUGGGACUCAAUCCGCAGGAGGCCUCCAUACUCAACUUCUUGCGCGUCGAUGCCGCCGAGCGACAGCGGGAUAAGCGGCCUGCCACCUCGCGGUUCGCUUGCCCCUUUUGCGGCAAGUGCGUGCGGUCGAAGGAGAACCUGAAGCUGCACGUGCGCAAGCACACCGGCGAGCGGCCGUUCGUGUGCCUCUUCUGCGGCCGAGCGUUCGGGGGCAAGUCCGACCUGACGCGCCACCUGAGGAUCCACACCGGCGAGCGGCCGUACCACUGCGAGUCCUGCGGCAAGUGCUUCGCGCGGGCGGACUACCUAUCGAAGCACCUGACCACCCACAUCCACAAUGCGCCGCGCUGAGAUGAGGCGCGUAGGAGGCGGCUCCUACGCAGAUAAGGAACCAGCUCCAGGAUCAGCCACGCCCACACGCCUCCAAAUACAACCGCAACCACACACACAUACACUAAAUACAGGAUAUAACGAGGAAACCUAUGUAUAAAUCCUAUUAUUAUUACCAAAAGCUCUACGAUUAGAUCGAUGUAAACAUUUUUUCGCAAGAGUUUUUUUUUUUUUUUUUUUUUGGUGCAAGCUAGAGAAAAACAAAAUUACGGGCAACUAAUUAGCACGGGUAUUAAAGUGUUUAAGAUUCUGAAUAUACACCUAUCUCUCUAAAUAUAUUAAAAGUAUGUGUGAGUAAGGAUUACAAUUAUAAUUACGGAUUAUAAUUAUCGUAGCACAAGAUUACGUUUUUCUACAACUAUGAUUAAGUGCCGGAUGGGAACGAAAUGCGAUUUGGUUCUGUGAGACAACUAAUUUCUAACACACAAAUUAACGAAACAGCCACAAACAAAUAGCAACAAACAUUGCAAUAGCGAUAACCAAAAUAGUCUGUAUUUUCUACCGAAACAAACGAGGGACAUGUGUAACACAUUGUACCGCAGAUCUGCCGUUGAUAUACACAAUAGAUAAAAUAUAUUUAAUUUUACACCGAUCUAUAGAAGCUAAACUAGCAACAAUUUGUACAAACAAAAAAGCAAGCGAGGGGAAACUAACUUUGCAAGUAUCAAUGCAAUAACUGAGCAAACUCUGUUACCUACCACAGAAAACAAUAAUCUAAUUGGGAUUUUAGUUAUUUGCAGUGCAGAAACUGUACUAAAAACUAAGCCAACCAACCAACCACUAAAUGUAAAACGAUGUUUCAACGAUGCAAGCAUUAUUUAUUCUUCGGUUGACCGAUCUACAUACAUACAUAUAUGUUCAGGCGGGAGUCGAAGUUGGUUCAUAGGAUUAUUGUAAAGCUAGGAGAUACUAAUGGGAUCUACCACCGUCAAUAGUUUAAUUUAUAUACAAAGCAAAGCAAAGCAAGGCAAAUCAAAACUAAAAACAAACAAACAUAGCAACAAUUAACAAUUACCAAUAGCAAUUACAAUUAAAACUGCAACUACAACAACACAAAACUAACUGUGAUCACAACAAGAAAACAACAUUGAAGUUUUAACUAACCUACAAACAAGCUGAACAGGCAAGAAUAGUUUAUAGCGAUGGCAACCAUGGCAAGCAAUAGAUAAAUAGGACGGUGCUGGCAACUCUGGCGCCGUCCGUCCGCUGGAAACGAAAUGUGCAAUUAAACAAUAAAAACAAUAAAAUAGGGAAAACCCAUAGGUCGAAUCAAGAUUUCUCAACAGACAUUUGCUUCAUUUCAACUUAGUUCAACACACACAGACGAAAGAAGUAAAGCUAAAAAAUGCAACACAAAACAACCCUAAACCAAGAACAUCGAAUUAAAGUGUAAAUGAAAAUCCAAAAAACUGAAAAACCCAAAAGCUGUAAUGCGUAGAACGGAGAUGAUCCGUUUCUUUUUUGUAUUAACUAAAUGUCUAAAGCACUAAGGAAAAUAUUUGCCGUACCAAAAAGUGGAAAGAAUGAAAAACAAAAAAAUGAGAACAAAUCAAAGUAAAGUGGUAGAAGUAAAGUAAAUGAAAACUUUCACUGUGCCAAAAAGUUUCAAGUACCUCAUAAUUUAACUAAAUAUUAAAGAGAAGCAACUAACCACACCGAAAACAACCCACACAAUCCACAAGCAGUCCACACACGAUCCACAAACACCCCACAAAUAUAUCCCGUAACGAAUUGAGUCUAGACAGAAAAUGUCAAAGCGUAUAAUUACAUAGAAGCUGAAAGCGAAGAGUUAACUAAUCCUAAUUUACCAACCGGAGAGGGCUAGAAAAUAGUUAGAUAGAUAGGGCUAGAGAUAGAGAUAGAGACAGGGACAGGGAUAGCAACAGAGAGAACGAGAGAGCGAUGGCGAUAGCGAUAGAGAUAGAGAGAGAGGGAGUCAGCGCAUGGGGGAGAUCUACCAUCCACCGGGGAUCCACACACGCUGGGAUCCCCAACUUUCGAUUAUUUUUUUUGUAAUUUAUUUAUUCUCCAGCAACACAGUUCUGCCUAAAUUCUCUCUCCAAACUUAAGUGUUCAAUUGUAGCUAAUAUAUAUUUGCCUUGGAAUAUAUAUGUUAUGUGAUAGUUUAACAAAUUUACUGCACCGUUUUGAAUUAUGCGUUUUUAAGCCAACAUAUUUUGCCUAACUAUACUAUGUUAGUUGUAAAGAAAAGACAACAAAACAAUUAUUUUCUCGAUACGUAAGUUUUUCAUUUUCAAUUGUGUCAGUAUGUGAACCGUCAAAGAUCAGGGCCGCUAGCAAAUGUUAUAGAUUUAGUUCAUUAUUAUUAUUAUUAUUAUUAUUAAUUUGAUGUGAAUAUUUGAGUGGAACUUUUUCUAUAUUUACCUUCUUUCGGUUCUCGAUUUUUUUUAAUUCUAUUUAUUUUCUAACACUGCUACUGCAACAACAAACAAAAAUCAACACUGCCUUUUGUAAAACAAACAACCAUCAAAUCUAAAGCGAAAUUUGUAAUCUUACUAUUUUAAGUUAUUCUUUUUUUAACCAUACCCAUUAAUUUUUUAUGUCAACAUCACAAAUUCCGAAAUCUUCUUUAAGAAAUUCUAAAUAAUUUCUAUUUUUGUUUUCCCAAGCUCUAAAUUAAGCUUUUAAGCACAACAACAACAAGCUGUGAGCUGUGUAUGUGAAAUAAUUAUUUUUACGAUUAUUAUAACAGUUAUGACACUCUUAAUUAUUAUCAAUUUUUUUGGAAACACUUAUUAUUUUGGAAUUAUUAUUUGAUAGUAUUUAUUAAUAAAGUUUUUUGCAAUGAACACA